AUGGAACGCGCGUUACGUCUUGAAUUGUCAGAAUGUCUCGAGAGAGCCAUAUCUACUAGGAGGCAAGUGCUAGAACCUGACCAUGUCAAAGACAUCAUAGCUCUAAUCAAACAAAGAAAAUGGGUUUUAGAAGAAACUCUUGAUUAUCUUUGGAGCAAAAUUUCUUCAUUAAAAAGGAGCAUUCCAAUUUUAAGCACAAAAAAACAUCCACAGCAAAUUUCUUUAGCAUAUACAAAAUAUCUUUUAUCCUGGAAACUGCUCGAUCAUUUGUUCAGGCACAGCCAUCUUGUCAGAGAAUUCAUACUUGAGUGUUCUAAUAUGAAUACUAUUUGUGACAUCAUACCUUAUCUCCAAACUUUGCAAACAAAACUUAAAUCUGAGAACAAAUAUGCAAGGAUCUUGGCUGGUACGAUGGCUUCAAGUCUUAUGGCCUGGCAUAAAAAAAUGUCUUUUCACAAACCGCUUACACUGGCAAUUGCUUCAUUGAAAAAAAGAAACGUUACAUUUCACAUUGUGUCAUCAUCUGAAGGGCCUUCAAGCAACCCUCCUUUGAGCAGUCGUCAACAUCUAAAUUAUCUGAGAACGCUAUUCCAUCGAUGUCGGCUUGUCCUGAAUGAUUCUGAAUCAAUUCUUAGGUCAGAAAAGUACUCUGUCUUAGACUUAGAUCGAGAAUUAUUGGCCAAAUUUAAUCCUCUUUAUUCAGCUGAAAAUUCAGGAAAUCUAGAUACUGAGGGACCAAUAUUUCCGUCUGGUUCUGGAGAUGAAGCUGAUCAUAAUGAAUACGAAGACAUUGUAUUCGAAGAUACUUGUACUGAUCAAAUCACCGGCGGGCAAUUAGAGACAGACAAUUCUUCAACUGCUGAUGUAAAAUUUCAAAUAGAUGAGCUUACAUCAAAAACUAACGGCUUAUUACGUGAACUGAACACGGUGAGCUGUCAUGAAUUAACUCCAAGUAUACAAAAGGCGCAAGCCCUGUCUUUCUCGUCUCGAUUAGAAGCAGCCUCGGCUGUAAUGAAUAGUAUUCGUCUUCAAUGCUUAGAUGAAACUGAUCCGCACAGGAAAAAUUUAGAUAUCAACAUUAGUUUUGAUCGACCAUCGUGA